GCGACCAGGAAUUGUUUACACUGUGUGGGUAGAUCUUUAAGCAGUGACAAAGACCUUGCAACCAGAGUACCAUUACCGUGGCCAAGAUAUUUAGGCAAGGACAAACUCAGCCCAGGUGGGUUUUCUUUUUAGGGCCAUGCUGAAUUCUAGAGGAAUUGUGUAAAUGUGCAUGGAAGAGGACGCGCUGUCUCUGAGCAGGCGGUGCUCCCCCGGUCAGAGGUGAGAAGCACAACACCACCACCUCCCCCGGAUGGAAAAUCUCGCCACCACCCCGGCAGUCUGGGUCAGCUGGGAGUGAUGUCAUUGGAGAACCACCGGGCAGCGGUAGGGUCAGACAGUCACACUGACACCCUGCCCAGGCAAGAGGAGGCGAACGGGGACCACACGGGUAGAGACAACCUACCACCAUCACCAUCACCAUCACCACCAGCAAGAGACACAUCAAUACCAAUACCGCUUCCUCCACCACCAGCACACCCCAAGUCUCCACAACAACAGCAGGCAAAGAGUGAAUCCGAUGGGGAGGAGGACGACGAAGGGGAGGAGGAGGAGAUCAGCGGUCUGGGUGACAACCAGGCUGGAGAGGAGGCCCCAUGCUCGGGAGCAGCAGGUAAACAACAAGAUGUUAGUGACCUUGAGAGGAACCUGGGUGGAGAUGACAGUGAAACCCCGUGCGAAGAUGACAGCGGAACACCAGAGGAGCUGGAGCAGCAGGGCUCUAGAACAUCAAGGAGUUCCGACAGAGAAAGUGGCUGGAGGUCCCUGGUGCCUCAGGAACCUGGGCCCUUCUACUUCAUUGGAGGCACAAAUGGGGCACCUAUAUUGACUGCAUACUGUGAGAGCAAAGGCUGGCAACGCAUCUAUGACAAGUCCCGGGAGGACUAUAAGUUGAAAUGGUGUGAAACCAGAUCAAUGGCAACUUACUAUAACUUCAAGGAGGGUGAGCAGUUGGUUUACCAGAUCCCAAACAAUAAGGUCCUGACGUCUAAAAUUGGACUGCUCAACAGCCUGAGGGAGUAUGACAGAGUCAGCAACAAGGUCAACCAAGGCAGAGGACUGAGGUACAGGAUGCUGAAGAUGGAUGAAUUCUUCCCUGACACUUACCGUAUGGAUGUCAAAGAUGAGAGAGAGGCGUUUUUCAAUACGCAGGAAAGAGCAUGUGAGAGGGCCAUCAGUAGCGGCAGCAGCAGCAGCAGCAGCAGCCCCAGCGUGUGGAUCUGCAAGCCCACGUACCUGAACCAGGGCCGGGGCAUCUUCCUGCUGCGCUCCCUGGAGGACAUGGUGGCCUUCCGCCUCCGACUGCAGCGCAGCGCCGACAAGCAGAGUGGCAAGCUCCCCUUCCGGCUGCCCCAGGCACGGAUUGUUCAGAAGUACGUGCAGAACCCACUGCUCCUGAAUGGCAGGAAGUUCGACGUGAGGUCCUACCUGCUCAUCGCCUCCACUUGCCCAUAUAUGGUGUUCUUCCGUCACGGCUACGUCCGCCUCACCUGUGACCUCUACGACCCGGACACAGACAACCUCUCUGCUCACUUGACUAACCAGUACAUGCAGAAGAAGAACCCCCUGUACCGCGUGCUGAAGGAGGACACUGUGUGGUCAAUACAGCGCUUCAACGACUACAUCAACGACAACUUUAAGGACAGGGGACUCCCCAAGGACUGGGUGCAAGGUGUCUUCACUAGGCGAAUGCAGCAGAUUAUGUUGCAGUGCUUCAUGGCGGUGAAAGCCAAACUGGUGCGCAAGCUGGGCUUCUUCGACCUGAUUGGCUGCGACUUCCUGAUUGAUGAGGACUUCAAGGUGUGGCUUCUGGAGAUGAACUGCAACCCAGCUCUUCACACCAACUGUGAGGUCCUGAAGGAGGUCGUGCCCUGCGUCGUGACAGAAACUCUGGAUCUGGCUCUGGAGAUCUUCGAGAAGGUCCGCUGCAGCUGCAAGGCACCAAAGCUGUUGCCACUGGCCAGCCAGAAGGACUUUGUCAUCCUGUACCGAGAAGACGACGUCCCCAUAUCCAGCCGCCGGAACAAGGCCACACUGCCCCCCCAGCUACAGCUAAAGUUGCAGCCCACAAAGGCCCCCUCCAACACCACCACCACCACCACUACAGCCCAGCAGCCCAGGAACACCGGUGCCGGUGCCGGAGCCAAGCCACAGAGGGCUGCUGCUAUGUCUGUGAGGACCAACACGUUGCCAGGGCAGAGGGCUGCGCGAUCUGCGAGCAGCUCGGAUACCUUCGCAAAGCCCAGCGAUUCUGCCUCGUCCUCCACAAGCCUCUCUAGCAGCACCGCGACUUCCCAAGCCGCCAAGCCCUCACCUUCGGCCAGCCGCAGACCCUCCACGACGUCCGUGGCUCAGGUUUCCCCGAGGCAGCAGGCAGCUCCGGUGUCGGCACUCCCACGGGUGUCGGUGCGGCCACGCAAGCAGGCCCCGAUGCGCGUGCUGCUCCGCCUCAACAAGUGCACGUGGCAGCAGCAUCCGCCCGCUCCCGCACACAGGCAGAAGAACCAUCACCACCACCACAUCGCGUCCCAGUCCAUGCCCACCAUGUCCGACCCUAUGCAGGUGCCCAAGCGCUGUUCCACUCCGUACCCCAAGGAGAUGAGCAGGAUGCGGAGGAUGAGAGCGCAGGAUCACAAGGCCUUGGGUCUCCGCGUGGCUCUCCUGCAGCCAAGCCAGGCCAUCUGGACGGAUGUGGAGGAGAUGGAGAAGACACUGCAACAGUACAAGAUCAGACUGGGCAUCCAGCAGGAGGAGAGAGCCGAGGAGACAUGACCUCAGUACCUCCUCACAGAGUGGUAGAUUUAGUUAGGACAACCACACGGGUGGUGGCAUGAUAAGAAAACAAAUGUAUGAUAAUCUAAUUUAUGAUUUAAUUUUAUGUGUGCCAUCGUGUUGCUGCUGUUCAUCACACCAAUCGGUUUUUGUUGUUUUUCAGACAAAUUAGCUGAUUAAAGUAUUUUUUGUCCAACAUUCAA